AUUUCGGCACUGCUUCGGAGUUUUGGGACUAAGUUGCGAGCUUUAAUGUCGCUGGUGCGUAUUCGUAUCUAUCAGUUGCUCAGUCACAUCACACCGAAAUAUUAUGAACAUACCUACGCAUCACUUUUACGAGAACUGGUCGCAGAUUUGACGCUGUCCGACAACGGUCAGUCAAAGGCUAGUACGUCUCUAUUGGCUUCACUUUGUCCAGGCGUCGACAGGUCCUUAUUGGGUGCUUGGCUUCGAGACACUGAUCAAGCGUUCGUUGAACUCGAGGUAAAUUUACUGAUAUCUUAA